UACAUUAGAAUUCUUUAAAUUACCCGGCAAAAACACUCUCUUUCCACUAUUCACUCCCCAAGAAGAGCUUCCAUAGAUCUGUAAUACACCCCCACCCUACCUACAUUUCUUUAGGGGAGAAAAAUAUAUAUUUCGACAUAGAUUUGUGUCUGGGGAGGGAUUAGUUUAACGAUUUAGCCGACUAUCAGGCUGUAAAGAGCAUUUCUAUGUCGUAUGUAUAUUUUGUUUAGUUCACAUUAUUGCUAGCAUUUAGUUUCAAGAUUAGGGUAGUGAUAUGGCUAUGGAGAAGCUUAGGAUGGGAGUCUGGAAGCUGAUUUGCAUUGCGGCUUUGGUGGGUGUUGGGGCGGGCUUUGAAUUUGACGAGUUUUUCUUCAACAAAACGGAGCUGCCAUUCUUAGAAUCCGUGUUUAAUGGAUCUUUUGCUUCGGCCGCAGCCUUUAAUUCCAACCCGCUUAGUGUUCCCCUCACUCUCAUUCAAGGAGCUGCUGCUAAAGGAGCUGUGUGCCUAGAUGGAACUUUACCAGCUUAUCACAUUCAUCGGGGGUAUGGUUCUGGAGCAAACAGUUGGCUCAUUCAAUUAGAGGGUGGGGGAUGGUGUAACAACCUUAGGUCCUGCAUUUACCGCAAAACCACAAGACGUGGGUCAUCAAGGUUCAUGGAAAAGUGGCUUCCAUUUACAGGAAUUUUGAGCAAUAGGGCUGAAGAAAAUCCAGAUUUUUACAACUGGAAUAGAGUAAAAGUUCGUUACUGUGAUGGUGCUUCAUUUACUGGAGACAGUGAAAACAGGGCUGCAGGGCUGCAGUUUAGAGGACAACGUAUAUGGCAAGCAGCAGUGGAUGAUCUAAUGUCAAAGGGAAUGCGUUAUGCCAGACAAGCUCUUCUUUCUGGAUGCUCUGCUGGUGGUCUUGCUACAAUAUUACACUGUGAUGAGUUCCGGAACUUAUUUUCAAGUAAUACUAAAGUGAAGUGCCUGAGUGACGCUGGGUUAUUUAUGGACGCAGUGGAUGUAUCUGGUGGGCGUACCCUAAGGAAUUUUUUUGGAGGUGUAGUAAACAUGCAGGGUGCUGGGAGAAACCUGCCAAGAUCUUGCACUAACCACCUUGAUGCAAUCUCUUGUUUCUUUCCUCAGAACGUGAUCUCCAAUGUCAGAACCCCUCUCUUUAUUCUCAAUGCUGCCUAUGAUUCAUGGCAGCUCCAAGCCAGUUUAGCUCCUCCUUCUGCUGACCCUCAUGGCAGUUGGCACGGUUGUACACUGAACAAUCAGAAGUGUUCUGCGUCACAGAUUCAAUUUUUGCAAGGAUUUAGAAAUCAUAUGCUACUUGCUGUAAGGAGAUUCGCGGGUUUUAGACAGAAUGGUUUGUUCAUAAACUCGUGUUUCGCUCACUGCCAAUCAGAGAGGCAGGAUACAUGGUUUGCUGAUAACUCCCCUGUUAUUGGUAACAAGGCGGUUGCAAUCGCGGUGGGAGACUGGUAUUAUGAACGAGCCAUUGUGAGAGCCAUAGAUUGCGCCUAUCCGUGUGAUAAGACAUGCCACAACCUGGUGUUCAGAUGAGCCUUCUGCCUGCAUUUUUUUUUUUUUUUUGGUUCGUUCUUUUCUAAGGUUUAGCUCAAAUAUAUGAUAGCCUUUAUCUGUAGUGUUCCCAUUUCCAUUGAUUUAAAAUUUACAAUUUACAAAUGUUUUUAAAGAGAAGUGAACGAGGACAAUAAAUACAGCCGAUUUGAAGUGUAAUGCACAUGUCUUACUCCUGUUA